UUGACGAGGCACAAGUGUACGGAGCUGUUGGGAGAAGCUUGUCGUCGUUUUUUCCUGAGAGGUUGAGUUCGCAUCCCAUUUUCUUCUUGAAUUUCCUUUCCGCAACCAAUCACCAUGGAUGAGGAGUAUGAUGUGAUUGUCCUUGGCACAGGCCUGAAGGAAUGCCUUCUCAGCGGUCUCCUAUCUGUGUCUGGGAAGAAGGUGUUGCACAUGGAUCGCAACAAGUACUAUGGAGGAGACAGUGCUUCUCUUACCCCAUUAGAGCAGCUGUAUUCACACUUUCGUGGGGAGGAGGCCAAGCCAGAUGAAAAAUUCGGACGAGGCCGCGAUUGGAAUGUGGAUCUCAUCCCGAAAUUCAUCAUGGCUAAUGGCAACCUUGUCAAGUUGUUGCUGCACACUGGCGUAACACGUUAUUUGGAGUUCAAGUCUGUUGAGGGUAGCUACGUCUUCAAGGGUGGCAAGAUUUUCAAGGUGCCUGCUGAUGAGAAGGAAGCUCUGGCCAGCAGUCUGAUGGGCAUGUUUGAGAAGCGCCGGUUCCGAAACUUCCUUGUAUAUGCGCAGGAGUUUGAUGAGAAGGACCCGAAAACGUGGAAGGGUAUCAGCCCCACCGAAUCCACUAUGCAGGAUGUAUACACGAAAUUUGGUCUGGAUUCAAAUACUGCCGACUUCACUGGUCAUGCUCUCGCUCUCCACCGUGAUGAUACUUACAAGUCUGAGCCAUGCCUGGCCUCAUUGAAGAGAGUGCGUCUUUAUUCCGAUUCGCUGGCUCGUUAUGGAAAGACGCCCUAUCUCUACCCUCUCUAUGGUCUUGGAGAGCUGCCGCAGGGUUUCGCUCGAUUGAGUGCCAUCUAUGGUGGCACAUACAUGCUGGACAAGCCCAUUGAAGAGAUUGUUAUGACUGACGGUGUCGUGACUGGAGUCAAGUCGGAGGGAGAGACCGCCAAGACAAAGUGUGUCAUUGGCGACCCAUCUUACUUCAACGACAAGGUAAAGAAGAUCGGCCAGGUGGUGCGCUGCAUCUGCAUCCUCAAUCACCCUAUUCCCAACACGAAGGAUUCCGUGUCGAGCCAGAUCAUCAUUCCACAGAACCAGGUUGGCCGCAAAUCCGACAUCUACGUGUGCAUGGUGUCCUAUUCCCAUAGCGUCGCUAGCAAGGGUCAUUUCAUUGCCAUGGUCAGCACAACGGUGGAGACUGCCUCGCCUCACGAUGAACUCAAGCCCGGUCUUGAUCUACUUGGACCAGUCGAGGACAAAUUCUUCUCUGUGUCCGAUCUUUAUGAGCCACUUGAUGACGGCACGAAAAACAAGGUUUUCGUCUCCCGGUCGUAUGAUGCUACAACUCACUUCGAGACUGUGUGCGACGACAUCAUGGACAUCUAUGCCCGUGUGACUGGUUCUCCCUUCGACCUUGCAGCGGUGCAAGCAACGAUUGAGACUGUGCAGCAGCAAUUCCAAGAGUAACCUGUAAGACUGUAUGAUUGUGUAGACCAAGCCGCGCGCCGUUAGUGCCUGCCAUUGCUGCGUACAUACUCUAUCAUCUUGUGUCUGUGCUGCACCUUUCUUGUCCACCCGUCUCCACAUAUUGCUAGUUGCGCCGUGCCUUACAUUGUAGAUAUGUACGGGUGUCUCUGCAACCUGCUGCCUCGGGUGGCAUUACGUGCUUGCGCCUGUGCCUGCUAACCUAGAAGGCGAACGCUGUUUCAGCUGGCCACACUUGGCAUACACAGCCUGUGUCAUAUCCCUAGUCUUUUUACAAGCCACCAGCCAUUCCUAUUCAUUCUGUUUUAUGUCUUUUGUAAUAACUCAAAUUGUCUGUUUUCACCCUCUUUUCUACGUUUCACUCGUGAUUUGGGGCUGUCCGUAUGGCAUGGUAGCGUUUGAUUUUACUCUUUUUUCUGCCCCUCCCCCCCCCCCCCCCCACACACACACACACACUUUUCCCUUGUUUGUACUUGUUAUACGUGCAGAGUACUCAUUGUUCCAUUUUGAAGCCUUUUGCUGUGACCAACGACCGAAUUUGAUGGGUAUAGCUUGUCGUCUGUUUGUUGUACGAGCUGCCAACCAUAUGCAUUGCAUUUUACGUCGUUAUAUUUUUGGCUGUUUGUGUGUCUGUGCGUUCCGUGCAGGCAGUACUAACAUUUUUUUUGGAUUUUCUUGCUUUUGGUUUCCAUCGCAUUUGCUGGGCUACUGUUGUUGUUUAGCACAACUUGGUUUUCAAUGACUGUAGCAAAGUCACUUUUUUUAAGUGGCUUUUCAGAA